AUGGCCGAAGUCGAUAUUGCGCCUCAGUUUGGCGCCGAACUGAAAGAUGGCUUCAAGCCGGUCCAUGCCUGGGUCUUGAAUGGCAUUGCCUGGCUCGAUGACAUUCAGCAAUUCUACCGGGAACGCAGCGCGAUUGAGAAGGAAUACAGCCAGAAGCUCAGCGCUCUCGCGAAGAAGUACUAUGAGAAGAAGGCGAAGAAGACCAGUAGUCUCAGUGUGGGAGAUACACCAACUGUAACACCAGGCUCUUUGGAGAGCGCUUCUAUGACUACCUGGGGUGUCCAACUCACCACGCUGGAGAGUCGGGCUGCCGAACAUGACCGCUUCUCGAACCAAUUGAUCUCCUCCCUGGCCGAACCGCUUAAACACUUGGGCAAUAAGUACGAAGACUUGCGAAAACAGCACGCCGAGUACGCCACGAAGUUGGAAAAGGAAAGAGAUGGCAAUUACGCCGAUUUGAAGAAGACCAAGGACAAAUACUACGGCGUGUGCCAGGAAGUGGAGAACAAGAGGAAGAAGAUUGACAGCAGUUUUGACCAUGGCAAACAAAAGGCUCAGACGGCAUUUCAACAACAGCAGAGCGAUAUGCGCAAUUCCAAGAACACAUACUUGAUUACGAUCAAUGUCACCAACAAGCAGAAGGAACGGUACUACCAUGACUAUGUACCUGAACUGCUGGAUUCACUGCAAGCCCUGUCUGAGACUCGAACUUCUGCUUUGAAUAGACUAUGGACCACAGCUGCUUCUCUGGAAACGCAGACCAUGACCCAUUCGACCCAAUUACUGGAGCAUCUGUCUGCCGAGAUCCCUCGAAACAACCCCGUGCUGGACAGCAUGAUGUUCGUACGCCACAAUGCUGUUCAGUGGCAGGAUCCAGCGGACUUUGUUUUUGAGCCUUCACCAGUCUGGCUAGACGACGACACCAUGGCUUCAGAUCCACAGAGCAGGACGUUCCUUAUGAAUAUACUAACAAAGUCCAAGUCAUCACUAGGCGACCUACGACGGGAGUGCGACGCCCGGCGGCGAGAGGUCGAAGGGGUGAAACGAGUUCGACAGCUCGUCAUAGAAGGGAAAGACAAGCGAGACGAGGUUGAGGUUGUCCGAGCGCAGUUUCACAACCAGGAACUGCUGCAUGAGUCCGAACGGAAGCGGGUUACUGCGGAAGUUGAAGUCAGUACAAUCACGUCUGCUGUUGGAGAUGUUUCUGCUUCAGCACGGAACCACACUUUCAAGAACCAGACUUAUAAAAUCCCAACGAGUUGCGAUCUAUGUGGUGACAGACUAUGGGGUUUGAACGCCAAAGGGGUCAGCUGCGAAGAGUGCGGCUUCACAUGCCACACGAAGUGCGAGCUCAAGGUGCCGGCAGAUUGUCCCGGAGAGUUAAACAAGGAGCAAAAGAAGGCCAUCAAGGCGGAACGUCAAGCAGCUGCCCAGGCGCAUGCCGCCAGUCCUCCAGCGACCAGCAAUGGCAACUCCGAUGUGCCGCCCAAUCUGCAACGAAGCGAUACGAUAUCAUCCAUGAACACGCUAUCAUCUGGCUACGCGGCGAGCGCGAACCGAAGCGUGUCAGGGACGGUCAAAUCUACGGAUGAGACCAGCACCGCCACGGCCCCUUCGCCUACAUCAAAGAUAACUUCACCGGCAAGGCAUCGUGUCAUGGCGCCCCCUCCAACGUCAUAUGUCAAACCGAACGGCGACUCUGCGCCAGCUCCCGAAGACCAAAGAGGAAAGAUGCUCUACGCAUACCAAGCCAACGGCGACGGCGAAAUCUCCGUCUCAGAAGGCCAAGACUUCACAGUCGUCGAACCCGACGACGGCUCAGGCUGGAUCAAAGUCAAGCCCUCCUCAUUCGGCGCCGCAGCAGGUCUAGUCCCAGCAUCCUACGCCGAACUCCAAGCCCCAGCACCUCCAUCGAAAUCCCCCAUCGAUGAACGACCGGUGAGCAUGGCAGCCUCCGCGUCGACGACCAGCCUUACGGGUUCGGAUACAGGCGCCAAGACGAAGAAGCAAGGACCUGCGGUGGCGCCUCGGAGGGGUGCGAAGAAGGUCAAGCAUGUCGAGGCCAUGUAUACGUAUCAGGCGUCCGGGCCCGGGGAGGUGGAUAUGGUGGAGGGGGAGAGGAUGGUGCUUGUGCAGGCGGAUCAGGGCGAUGGGUGGUGUGAGGUGGAGAGUCGGGCGGGGAAAGGGGUGGUGCCUGCUAGUUGGGUGAGGGAGGUUUAG